ACUUAGCAGAGGGGCUGCCAUUAUUAUCAGCACCAGGUGGUUACCCAGGGAACCAGCCCCAGCUUGGACUCUCACCAUGCUUGCUACUGAGGACACCCUGGAGGCAGCCAUCUGGGCACUGCUUCAUUUCAAGACUCUGCUGCUGGCUGCUGUCACCUUCAUGCUCUUGGCUCGCUAUCUCAAAACCCGGCGACCCAAGAACUACCCACCAGGACCCUGGCGCCUGCCUUUUGUGGGCAACUUGUUCCAGUUGGAUUUAAAGCAGCCACAUGUAGUGAUUCAGCAGUUUGUGAAGAAGUAUGGAAACCUAACUAGCCUGGACAUUGGUAAUAUCCCUUCAGUAAUCAUAACUGGACUGCCCUUGAUCAAAGAAGCCUUCACUAACAUGGAACAGAACUUUUUGAAUCGUCCUGUUACGCCUAUCAGAAAACGUGUCUUUAAUAACAACGGAUUGAUCAUGUCCAAUGGCCAGACAUGGAAGGAGCAAAGAAGGUUCGCACUGAUGACACUCAAGAACUUUGGAUUAGGGAAAAAGAGCUUAGAGCAGCGCAUACAGGAGGAGGCUGACUGUCUUGUGGAGGCCAUAGGAGAGGAGAAAGGACAGCCUUUUGACCCUCACUACAAGAUCUACAGUGCUGUCUCCAACAUCAUUUGCUCCUUUGCCUUUGGGGAGCGCUUUGAGUAUGAGGACAGUCAAUUUCAUGAGUUGCUGAGGUUAUUAGAUGAAGCCACAUGUUUGGAGGCAUCAAUGAUGUGCCAACUCUACAAUGUCUUUCCAUCCAUAAUUCAAUAUGUUCCUGGAUCACAUCAAACAGUUUUGAGAAACUGGGAAAAACUGAAAUUGUUUAUUUACCAAAUGAUGGAGAGUCACCGGAAAGAUUGGAAUCCUGAUGAACCGAGAGACUUCAUUGAUGCUUUCCUUACAGAAAUGACAAAGUAUGGAGACAAGACUACUACAAGUUUCCAUGGAGAGAACCUCAUCUGCAGCGCCCUGGACCUCUUCUUUGCUGGAUCAGAGACAACAACUAACACACUGCGCUGGGCUCUGCUCUACAUAACUACAAAUCCAGAAGUGCAAGAGAAAGUACACUCUGAGAUUGACAGAGUGAUUGGACAUGGAAGACAGCCAAGCACAGAUGACGGAGACUCCAUGUCCUACACCAAUGCUGUCAUCCAUGAAGUGCUGAGAAUGGGCAACAUCAUCCCCUUGAAUGUUCCCAGAGAAGUAACAGCUGAUAGCACCCUGGCUGGAUUCCACUUGCCUAAGGGCACCAUGGUUCUGACGAAUUUGACGGCUCUUCACAGGGACCCCAAAGAGUGGGCCACUCCAGACACCUUCAAUCCNGAGCACUUUUUGGAGAAUGGGCAGUUUAANAAGAGAGACUGUUUUCUGCCAUUCUCAAUGGGAAAGAGAGCUUGCCCUGGAGAACAACUGGCCAGAUCUGAGCUGUUCGUUUUCUUCACUGCUCUUAUGCAAAAGUUUACCUUCAAGCCUCCAAUCAAUGAGAAGUUGAGCCUGAAGUUCAGAAAUGGCCUCACUCUUUCUCCAGUCAGCCACCGCAUCUGUGCUGUCCCUAGACAGUGAUACUGGAGAAGCAAAGAGAAAGGAAGGA